AUGGACAAAUCAAAAGAAGUCAAGCUAAGAAAAGCAGUCUUACUAAUUAGUGAUGUCUGCCAACAGCAGCUAAAAGGCCAACAGAGAGUUCAAACUCUGAUUUCUGAGCUCAUUAUGCUUCUAGACGAAUGCUUUGGCGAAGAGCAUGCCACUGAAAUAUUGAACGCACUAACUGACAACAGUGAUGGCUUUUUUCAACCAAGAGGCCUUGUAUUCACAUUGAGAUUUUCUUUAAUCGCCAGAAAAAUUAUGUCGAAAAAGGUAAAAUUCUCCUUUAACAUGAUGAAAUGUAUUUUUAAAGAAUUCAAAAGAGAGUCAGCUUUAAACCCAUCUCAGGUCUCAGAGCACAAAAUAAGAAGCUUCUUUAGCUCUCCAGAGCCCAGAAAAAAUGAUACAUGCAUUGACGAGAAUAAAUCUUGUGAUUUAGUUUUCAGCAGAGUUAGCGAAGCAGAUGCUGAUUAUUCAGCAUAUAAGAAAAAAAGAACAAAGGAAAUGGGCGAUGUGCUAAAAAAUCAAAAUGAAAAAUUAAUUAAAGAAAAGACGUUUUUGGAUUGGAGAAAUAAAAUGAUGAUGAAUAAAUACAAAUGGAUUGGGAUUUUGAACAAUUGUAUUAAGAUUUUUAAGAGAUGUUUGGGGAAGCAUUUUGGGAAAUUUUUGAUAGGAGGGAAGGCUAGGCUGAGAUCAAAGAGUGCACUUUGUAGGCUAAUUAAGAAGGCUGAUAUUAAAAAAUGCCAAUCUCUGUUUAAAGUUUGGAAAAAAACUCAAAUUCAUUUAAGAAACAAAUCUGAUUCCUCAAAAAUACAGCAAUCACAAACUAAGAAGUGAAACUUAUACAAUGCAAGAAAAGUAAUUGCCGGACUAGAGCAAGCCCUUUUUUAUUUUUUCCUUGAAAAGGCAUUCACUGCAAUUAUCGGUAGACUCUCAAAGCUUGAAAGAUUUGAAAAGCCUUUGAAUGAUACAAAGCAUCAAAAAAUCAGAGCAUCUGGCCCAAAUCAUGAUGAAAAAAUUGGGGCAGAAACUCCUUCCUUUAAGACAAGCACAAUCCAAAAUCAAGCCCUUGUCGAUUUUGGGGCGUCUCCUAUUGAGAGUUCUUCAAAUAAACUUUCCUUUUCUCAAUUAUCAAGCAUUUCAAUAUUUGGAUAUUUAAAGAGUGAUAAUGAAGAUUUAAGUAAAACAAUUGGCUCUUUUAACCCUGAUAAUGAAUCGAGUAGAUCAAUAUGUGAUGAAAGCAGCUUAAGCCUUUUUGGGCCUGGGGAUGAAAAAGAAAUAAAAGAUAUAAUUAAUACAUCUAAUGAAAGUUUAGAAAAAGGUGAAAUUCCUAAGAAAGAAGAUAAAAGGCAGACGCCUGACAAUUUAAAAGUUCCAAGACCUCCAAAAAACAUUGCAAAAUUAAGAAGAAAUAUGCAAUCUGAAAAGCGCACUCAAAGUAGUCCAAGGCCAGAAAGAGAAGAAAUUAAGGAAAAUAGUGCAGACAGCCAAGAAAAAGAUUCGAUAUAGCUUGUUGCGCUUUUUUCCGUACUGAUAAGGAAAAUCUGAUUUUGAGAACGGAUUUGGUGUUUUAAACGACUUUCUCAAUGGAUUAAGGGAUUAGCUUAUUCUUUAAUUUAUUUUAAAAACAUUUUUGAGGCAAAUAAAAUUGUUUAAUAUAAUAUGCUCUAUUGCAGCAAUAUUGCGAUUGGCUGAGAGCAGCAAACAGUGGAUUUCAAGUCCUAGUUUACUUAGUAGAGUAAUGCACUUCAUACUUUUACCUAUUUCUUGCUGGAAUUUGGUGUGUUAACAUCAUUUUUUGACACAUUUUUAACAAAGCUAAUUUUUUGAACUGCCUAAAAAAAAUUUAAAAAUCGGCAUAGGAGUGGAUGAUGGCUUUGAGGAGUAUUUGAAGCACCUUCAAGAUGUAGCUUAUGCUUAAGAUAUUAAGGAAAACUAUAUAGGGCUCUGAGUAAUGUCAUUUUCUUUCCCAUGUUAAAGCCCUCUUUAAAAAUUCACAUAGAGUCUGAUGAUUUUAUAAACACAAAAGUGGGUGAUACCUUUGAGGUAUAAUUGAAGCACCUCGAUAGCAAGCUUAUAGUAGGAAUAUCAGAGGUAAAUUAAUUAAGACCUUGGAGAGAAAAUUUUACUUUUUAUUAUUGUGAAUGCCAUCUUUGUUUAAAAAUUAAAUAAUCAUUUAGAUGAAUAUAAAUUUCUAGUGAAAUAAACGCACACUUAAUAGCAUUCUUGCAACUGGAUUAUCAGAGGCAAAUUCACAAAGAACUUGGAGAAAAUUUUUAAUUUAUCAUUGUGAAAAACCAUAUUUGAAGGAAAGUUAAAUAAUCCUUGAUGAAGAUUAUAUACUAAAAAGUGGGCGAUGCCUUUCCAGGGAAAAUUAAAGGAUAUUAAAGGCAUGCUUACAGUUACAAGAUCAAAGUUAAACUCAUAAAGAACUUGAAGAAAAAGCUUAAUUUUUAUAAUCUAUAUUUGGGUCUAUCUUUAUAUUUUAAAAUUUAAUAAGUCUUGAUGUAGAUUACAGACACAAAUGUGGGUGGUGCCUUUUCAAGGAAAUUUAAAGCAUAUUUAAUAGCAUUCUUGUAGAGAAAAAUCGGAUAAAGAUUGGAGAAAAUUUAAAUUUACUGUCCAUCAUUAUGUCCAUCUUUAUUGGAAAAUUUCUCAUCUUUAUAGACAUAAAUGCAUAAAGUAUAUUAUAUUAAACAAUUUUAUUUGCCUCAAAAAUGAUUUUAAAAUAAAUUAAAAGAUAAGGGAAGACCUUCAUCCAUUGAAAAAGUCCAAGACAGCAAAACCUGUCUAAAAUACCAACUCCCGUCCUUAAGUUAGAUUUUCCUUGUAAGCACGGAAAAAAGCGAAACAAGCUAUAAAACUUGAAAUGCCAAAGAAACCUGGAGGCUUUGCAGAAAGAAAUAGAGAAAAACGAAACUUAAGGGCACUUUCGCAAACACAGCCAAAAAAGUCUAACGCUCUCAGCCAAAGCCCCAAAAAAGAAGUGAGCUCACCUAAUAUAGAUAGCUGCCACCCAGUUAUUGAAAACAAUCGGCUUAGUGACUCUAUAAUUAACUUACCAGCACAAGCACCUAAAACCCCCCAAAAUAUAUUCAAUGAGCAAGAAAAGAAAAAAACAGAGACUCUCCCCUUUAUAUCAAAAGAAAAUUUUUCAAAGCCUUCAAAACUUAACAAAGUUCCUAUAGAAGCUGUUAGUGAAAAGUCUGAUAUUGAAAGCUCUAAAGAUUCUUCACCAGUAUUUAAUCAAAGACGCAACAUCUCAAAAUUUAGUAUAUUUGGCCCUAUUAAUUCUUUGGGGAUUAAAAUUGCUGACAAUAAAACUCACCGAAGAGAAAACUUAUCAUUUGACCCAUCAAACUACACACCAUAUAAAGAGAAAAAUCCAUUUGAUUCUAUUGAGAGCAUAAAAACAGCAGACACGUCACCAUCUCAAGUUUAUACUAGAGACAGUUCAAGAUUUUCAUUAAAUUCUGUUACCAAUCAUACAGAAAUUCGUCCUCGUCCAUUCUUAGUUUGCAAGCCUCUGCCUUCAAAAUAUGCUGAUUUUGAUAUCGAGCUGCAAGAAUCAGUUGGAAUCCAAAGCAAAAUAAUAAUAAAAAUCAAAAAAAUCCAGAAAUUCAGUGAAGUUAUUUUGAGGAAUCAAAAUCAUUAUAUCAAAUAUCUGAAAUUUAAUAAUUGGAAAAAUUUUACAGAGGAAAGGAGGUCUGAUGUCAGGUACUGGAUUAAUUGCUUAUUUGAAGCACUCAUUUUAAAUGUUUUAAAAGACUGGACAAGGCCGCUUACUCCCAUUCUAUCUUGGUUAGCGAGCAAAACAAUUAGAAAAAUCUUAGGUUAAUGAUCAAGAAAAUUUUUAUUAUAAUAUUUGAUAUAUAAUUAAUAAUAUAGUGUGAGAUCUCCGCUAAUUCUAUUCAUUUUAAACAGCCUGAGUCUUUAAACAUCAAUUUAAUAAAUUGAAUUAAGUUUUUCAUAACAAAUAUAUGCAAAUCUAAAAUUUUUUAAAGUUUUUUGUAUAAUAUUUUAUAUAAAUAUUAAACAAAUUAACCCCUUGGCUAAUGAGCAAUAUUUUUUGCUCAUCAGACAUAGGGGAAUUAAUAGUAAAUCCCCUGAAAUUUGCUCAUUUGACUCUAUUGAAUCACUAAAAGAAACAGAAUUUAUUAAGCCAAGACUAUUGCAAGAUGAUCCAUUUUAUGAUGAAAAAAAAUUAUUCAGAAAAAAAUCAGCUCAAAUAUUAGCAUUGGCGAUUAAAAAAAUAAUAAAACAAAGCCAAAUGGAAAGCGGAUUUGAUAAAAUCGCUCAAUAUUCUUCUCAAAAGAAGCGCUUGAAAUAUCAAAAUAUAAAAGAAAAAAGCUUAUUGCAAUCUCGCUAUACUAAGCCAAUAAAGACAUUAGAAGCUAAAGCUUGUUUUAUCAUCCUUAACAAUAUUUUGCAGCCAAAAUUUAAAAAAACUCUCAAAUGUUCUUUUGAUUCUAUCAUAAAAUAUUAGGGCAUCCGUGUUUACACAUUUUCCAAGGAGUUUUUGAAGAAGACUUGCUCAGCUGAAAGAGAAACUCCUUGAAUUUUGAGCAUUCCAUCAGAGAUAUCUCUCCUACAGCAAUCGGUCAGGGUCUUGACGCUGUCUCGGAAUAUGUAGUUUAUGGGCUUGAACGCUUCUGCAUUAGGAACGGGAGCCCCAGCUAGCGAUAUACUUCCUAGCUAAUAUCUGCACUAGCUAUGCCUCUUAGUGGAAACUGGUGCCUAUAGACUAAAAGCCUUUUUCCGAAGACGCUAAGUCCUCUUUCCUGGAAGAGGAGACAAAACCUAGCUGGAUUGCAAAUGCCGUGACUAGGAAACGGCAUCUGCUCAGUUUAACAUCAGGCGCGCAGUCUUCAAAGUCUGAGUAUCAGGGAGAGGACAGUUCGGUGACUUCUUUAUUUAUUUGUGUAAUGAUUUCUAUUAGAACCAAAGCAUUUACUUAUAGAUCCAGCUAUAAACCAAAAUCAAAAAGAAACAGCCUCCAUAGUGCAGGUCCAUUACUAAUGAAACUCUCCAAAAUAUUCCAGCUUCAUUCUAUAAACGAUAAAAAGAAAUCAUUCAGAGUUAUUUAUUCCUAUGCAAAAAAUCUUAAAAAUGAUUGCAAGGUUUACAAAUUCAUUAAUCUCCUACAAUGCGUUUUCAAAAGAUCUCAAAAAGACUAUAUUUAUGCUGGAUUUAGCAGAAUUUAUGACAAAAGUGAAAGGGCGAGAAUUUAUAAAUACGUGAAAAUUGAUUAUUUUUUUAAAAAAGUGUUUAUCAGAAGAUUAGCGAAUGCAUUUGUUGUUUGGGUCAGCAAUUCAGCUAACUACCCAUAAUAAACAAAAAAUCCUGUUCCAAUUUAAAGAGGGUUCAUUUUAUUUUAAAAAAAUUAUAUUAAAUUUUUCUAUACAAAAUUUAUAAAAAUAAAGAUGGAAUGAAAUGCUUUAAAUUUUAUCAAGAAUUAAUUUAAAAAUUUAAUCGCUUCAUUGUGGAAAGUCUUUAAAUAAUAUUUCUUUACAUUAAAUUAAGUCAAAAAUUAUUUUAUAGAAAUUAAUAUUUUUACCUAUAAUUUUUUUAUAUUUUUUUCUAAUUUAGGGGCUAAAAAUACUAUAAAAUAUUGAAAUUUUACCUAUAAAUUGAUCCUAUUUAAAGCGAAGAGGAGUAAAGCAAAAGAAAUAGAAAGAAAAAAGCUGAAUUUAUCUAAUACAUUACAAAGAAGGAGUGGAAAUAAAGCAGAUCUUUCGUGGACUUCAUGUUUUUCAUCACAUUCUACAAGUCCUAUGACAUCAAGGGCUAGAGGAUUUGAUGUAAAUUCCAAAAACAUGAAAAUUUUCUUGCCUUUUCCGAAAUCAAUUCAUGAUUAUAUUGAUGAUUUUAAUGAAGUUUCAAAGCAAAAAAUAGAUGCAUCGUAUUUUACUAGCCCAGGAGGAAAUUCAGGGAAAAUGCGCAUAUAA